AUGUUAUAUAAUUUUAAAGAAUAUUUUACGAUUUAUUAGGAACAUUUAAGAAACAGAGAUUAAUGGAGAUUACUAAUGGUUUUAAUCUCUAUUUAUUAAAUGUGUGAUGUAAUAAUUGUUACAGGAGAUGCCAUAACUUUAAAAAUUUAAGGCGACAAAUACAUUUUGAUAUAUAGAAUCUUGGUAAUAUAAAUUGCCAUUAUAGACCCAAAUAUUUUUGAUUGCGUUCUUCGAAGUGCUACUAUUAAAAUUAAUCAAAAUAAAAAAUGGAUUCAUAAAUCUGGUGACCUUACUAAAACUUAUAUGUGUAGUCAUAUGUUGGGAAGAGCUUGAUUAUUAUGCAGAGUAACAAAUAUUUCAAAGAAUACUGGAUAAAUUUCUAAUUCUUGUGUUCUUCGUUUUUGCAAUAGAAUCAUAAGUAUGUUAAACAAUAGCAAUUAUUUUCAAUCUGAUUUAUACAUUGUUAAGAAAUUUUGAAUUCGAUUCUAAAUUGAACAUAAUAUUUGGAAUAAAGUUAAUUGUGUUUCAUAUCAUUCUUUAAUUCUUAAUGAUCAUGUUUAAUAAAAAGAACAUUAGAAAUAAUUUAAAUUCUUAAUUAAUAGCUAUGGGCUCUAAUAAUAAACUGAUUUAUACUUAAUUGAAUUCUUAGAGAAUAUCAAAUCCAAAUAGAACUCUUCAUCAAUUAUAUAUAGAUAUACCUGAAAAUAGAAAUAUAUCACAAAUACCAUAAGAAUAAAAAUAAGAGGAUUAAUAAACAGAAUCAGUUCAAUAAGAUUAAAUAAAUGAAGCUAUACUUUCUUCAGCAGAACUUGGAAUUUAUUUGGUAGAUAGUCAGACUAAAACAGUGUAAGUGAUAAAUCCAUAAUUAUCUAAUAUUAUAAUGAAAGAAGAUUAGUUAAGUACUUAGUUUCUAGAGACUGAAUUAUACGAUUUUGGAUUGUUACUUGAAGAAUCAUGUUUAUUAUUGCCAAAAUUUCAUAGAAGUCAAGAUAUUGGACAGUUUCUAACAUUCACUUAAAAUUUAGAGUAUUAUAUAAGUUAAUAUUGUUGAGUUCCAUUUAUUUUGGAUAAUAAUAUCGAAAGUGAACCUUCUCAAAUUAAGCGAUUACAAUUAUUAACCAAAAAAAUAUCUUUUAAAGUAUUUUUCGAUAAUUUAAUUGCUUACAAUCAUUUGAAAUACUCAAACAAUCAUUCCCUUAUAGACUUUUCCCUUAAAAUAUAUAUUAAAUUCGAUACUUGUUAUUUACAAGUUGUUUUAUCACCAUUAAUCUAUAAACUUAAACCUUAAAUAGCUAUUUUCGUUUCUGACAUUACUGAAGAUCCUUAUAUUACAUAAUUAUUAAAUGCUACUAAAAACAAUGAUUUUUUGAUUAAUGAUAUUUCACAAAAGAUUAAACAACCUCUUAAUUGUACAAUAUCUAUGUUAGAAAUUAUUAUGGUAUUUAAAUUAUUAAAUAUUAUAUAAGAAUACAACUCCAUAAGAAAUAAAAGAAAAAUAUAUAAGUCCAGCACUUGCUGGUUGUAAAUUAUUAAUUAAUACAGCUAAUGAUAUUCUAGAUUAUGCUUAGUUAUAAAAGAAAGAUAAAUUAGAUUUAGUUUAAAUGGAUGUUUAGAUAUAAGAAUUUUUGACUGAUAUCAUUAAUGUAGUAAAAUCUUAAGCAAUUUUCAGAGGAUUAAAAAUAUCUAUUAAUGUUAAAUAGAAUGUUCCUUAAUUUAUUAGAACUGAUCCAAAUAGAUUAAGAUAAAUAUUACUUAAUUUAUUAGUAACUUCAAUCUAAGCAACAGUUCGUGGAUCCAUAAUAUUUUGUGUUUCGAAAAGUUAAAUGCUUAAUGAACAUAUUGAUUUUGUUGUAAAAGUAAAGGCUAAUGAAACUAAUUUCUCAAUUCUUAAAAUAAUUGAGAGAACAGUGAGAUUCUUUAAAUCAUAAACUUUAAAGUCAAAAAUAUUAGAUCUUGGUAAUCUUAGAUAGUAUUCAUAAUCAAUUUUGAUUUCAUUUUAUUUAACAAAAUGUCUAUCAUAAAUUCCAUUUGAAUAUAAUUAUGAACGUGUUGGUAAUAAAGAGGAAUUUAGUUUUGUCAUAAAAAUAUAAAAUUUAUAUCCAUAAUUUAAUCAAAAUUUGAAUUAAAAAAGAUUAUCAGAAUUCACAAAUUAGUAAAGUUUUUAUUAAUAGUAUCAAAAUAAAGAAGGCUUAAAGAGAUAUUAAUCUUAAAUGUCAAGUUUACAACCAGAAGAUCCAAAUAUCAAAAUUGAACUUGAAGAAGCUAGAAAAAAAUUGAAUAUCAAUAUUAUUUAAACAUAAGGUCAAGUAUCUAAAGAAAAAUAAAAAGAAAUUUAAGAAUAAUCAAAUGAAUCAGAUGAAAGUCUUUCUGAUUUAUAAGAUGAUGAAGUAUCAAUAGAGUCAAAGAAUGGAAUUUCAAAUAGAGUGGAAUAAAUGUUAAAAAUUAAACCAUACUUUUUUGAUUAUGUUAAUGAAACACAAUAGAAACAUGAAGGAUCAAGUUCUUAACCAUCUCAAUAACUUACAUUUGGAGGUUUAGGAUAAGGUAGAUCAUCAAUUUAUUCUUCUUUAUGUUUUACUAGUGGAACUAUGUAACCUAAUGAUUUACUGGAUUGUUUUGAGAAAAUGGAAAAAAUUAAAUAACAAAAAAAUAAAUCUAAUUGUAAAGUAUUAUUAUUGUUUUUAAUAAUUAGUGUACUAAAAUAUUGAUAUGUGAAAGUAUCGAUCUUGAUCUAUAUGCUUUAUCACAUUAAUUAACAAAUAUAGGAAUUACAUAUGAGUAUAUAACUUAAAGAUCUCAAAUAGUGAGCACUCUUGUUAAAUUAUUAAAUAGUGAUUUGUAAUAAUAGUAAAAUAGUAAUUAAUAAAAGUAGAAUAUUGAUAAUCAAUAAUUAAAAAUAAUUAAUGAUAAUUAAUAGCUGAAGAACAAUGAAAAUUAACCUUGUUGUAAAGGAUUAUAACUUAUAUUCAUUGCCAUUGAAUAAUUUGAUGAAGAACUAUAUGCUUUAUUUAAUUAAAUAAAAGAUGUAUAUGCAGAAUUUAAAGCUGAACCUAGAAUUAUAGGAUUGAUUGGUUGUAUGGAUGAAGAAAAUAGAGCAUAAUUAAGAAGGCUUCCUUUUCAUGAUUAUUUAUCAAAACCCAUAAUGAUAGAUGCCCUUCUCUUUAUCUUAGCUAAAUGGAUUAAAAUGAAUUGA